AUGGACAUUUUGUCCGCGAUUCCGUGUACAGCCCCAGAUGCCGAGCGUUCAUUGCAUCUAUUGUACGCUCUUUUGACACAGCUGCCUGGAGCGUGGCCAACGAUACCACUUAUACGAUGCUAUGCGCGACUAUCGAAGUUGUUACCCGAGGCGCUCAAGUGCAACCCUGAGAGCGAGGUUGCAACGCUUAUGCACGCAACAUCCCGCGUAAUCAAGAGCUCAUACGACUCAUUCUCCGACUUCAUAUGCCGUGACUCCCGUCCAGCGCUACGAACAACCAGUCCAGACCAAUUUAUCACCCACAGAGGGCUGCACAAUUUUGUUACAAACUUUCCACUUGCUUUGGAACCUGCAGGAAGAAAACCAGUGGUUGCCAUUGCUUUGCCAAAUGGACCACUUCUUGCGGCGAUGUGCAUCGCCGUCACCACCUACUACACUGCUGCCCCAAUCAAUCCGGCAGCCGGCCCGGACCAGUUUUGCGCCGAUGUUCUACAGUCAGGAGCCAGAGUGAUCUUGACCAACUCACAGGAUUACGAAAAGUUACAGCUCAAGGACGAGUGGGUUCAAAACGAAAAAAUACAAGUUUAUAUUGUAGAUUGGAAUGGCCGAGACGACAUUCGCCUACUUAAUACCACUGGACAAGCGCUAGAGUCCAGGCCCCCAAGGCCCUCCCCCAACCAAGCCGACGAUAUUGGCUUGAUUCUUUUUACUAGUGGCACGUCAGGAACGAAAAAGGUCGUCCCACUAACUUUGCAUUCAAUCAUUGCUGGCGUGGGUUUUGUAAUGGAUUCGUGGGGCUUAAAGGAAUCGGAUACGUGCUUGAAUAUGAUGCCGUUAUAUCAUGUCGGCGGAUUGGUCAGAAACAUCUUUGCUCCAAUGUUUUCCCAAGGUUCUACUGUUUGCUGCGCGGCAUUUGACCCCAAUUUAUUCUGGGAUGUUGUUGAUUCCCUGCAGCCGACUUGGUACUACGCUUCUCCUUCGAUGCACUCCGUGAUCCUAGGACAGGCCCUUGAACGGCCUGCCUCACUUGAGAGGAGCAAAAUCAGACUCGCCUGUAAUGCUGCAGGAGGUCUUUUGCCAUCACUAGCUUGCCAACUUCGGGAUACCUUCAACUGCAUCGUUCUGCCAAGCUACGGAAUGACAGAAUGUAUGCCUAUUUCAACGCCACCUCUUGAUUACAAACUUGACCGAGAAGGAACCUCUGGUAUCAGUACCGGCCCAGAGCUUACCGUGCUGGACUGGUCGGAACACAAGGUUGAAUCAGGUACGAUAGGCAGGAUCUGUGUCCGAGGUGAACCUGUCUUCCCUGGUUAUUUGCGACCUGACGGGUCGUAUGACAAAUCCCCGUUUAACCCGGAUGGGUGGUUUGAUACAGGAGAUUUAGGUUACUUGGAUAGUGAUGGCUAUCUAUACAUCACGGGCAGAAGCAAAGAGGUUAUCAAUCGAGGAGGAGAGCUGAUUUCGCCAUUCGAAGUUGAAAAUGCCAUCAUGUGUGCAGCGCUGUCGCCAACUUCUCCUAUUAGCGGCAAAGUCAGCCAAGUGUUGGCAUUCUCGGCAUCCCACGACGUGCUGCAGGAGGUUGUUGCAGUGGUACUCGUAACACCGCCAGGUGAAACUAGGGUGGACCUGAAGAGACUUCACGCUGCGUUACGCUCUUCACUGCAGCAGGUGAAGUGGCCAGUGUUGAUAACAUACAUGAACGACCUACCAAAGAGGAACAAUAAGGUGCUGCGAAUCAAGCUGGGACAAAGGCUCGGCUUGCCAGAUAUCAAUGAUGAGAUGCCAUACUUGCGAAGGCAUUGGGAAGCAACCUGCCCUGCUCCGGAUACCGCGUUAUCCGAGGCGAUUGAUUGUGUUCCUUGCACAGUGGAUCAGGAGGUAAUACUCGAGUGCCUGAACGGUGCUCUCCCAAGUGAUGUAAGAUGCCAUGUUCGCAGAGCAAGCGUUGACGACAUGCCAGAGCUGUUCUGUGCACCUGCGAAGCAGAUUUAUCCAGCGCCUUUGGCGGCCCUAGCAACAGAUCUGAAAGACCACCUUCGUGGCCACCUCCACAAUUACAUGGUGCCCGAGAAGGUCCACGUGCUGGAUCAGCCGCUACCUAUGGACGAACAGGGCUGUGUGGACGACCAGAUACUACAGCAUAUGGUGGAUAGGUUGCUUGGGGUAUCGAUGGAUAUGCUGAUGGACUCUACAGAGGGCAGGGUUGCUAAGGUGUUUGCAGAUAUGCUUUCUCAGCAUCCUGGCGAGCUGCCCAGGGAUGCAGACUUCUUCAGCCUCGGAGGUGAUUCCCUUCGGGCUGGUCGCCUUGCGUCAGCUUUGAGGAAUGAAUUUGGCUUUCAAGUGCCCAUCAGUAUCAUUUUCAAUGAUGGGUCCAUUCAAGCCAUAUCUGCGUACCUGGACAAGAUAGCAUUAACAAGCACAGCUAGCGGAGAAGAGGAUAAGGUCUUUGGGUGUACCGAAACAAACAGCUCGACAAACCCGCUGCUGAUGGCGAUCCAGCUGAUCCCUCUUGUUAUCCUGUAUCCUCUACGACGAGCUUUCCAAUGGACUAUAUUCAUUGUGGCACUCAGCUGUACUCAGUCUUGGCCAACGAAUGCCUCCGUCCCAGGUCGGCUCUUCAACCUCACGUUGAGUAUUCUGUUCUCCAGGAUUGUUGUCAGAAUCGUCGUUCCCUUUGUGGGCAUCGUCGCGAAAUGGACAAUAAUUGGUCGCUAUAAGGAAGGCUUGUACCCAAUGUGGGGUUGGUAUCACACAAGGUGGUGGAUGGUUCAGAAAAUCGUCAGUCUUUCAGGCAAGGGAUGGUUCAGCUUCAACGACACGACUAAGACUUGGUACUGUCGGCUCAUGGGGGCAAAAAUCGGGAAGAACGUUAGGCUUGCAGGUGCCUCGUUGGGCGAGUGGGAUCUCCUAGACAUUCGCGACGGAGCAGCUCUCACUCGCUGCAUAUGUCGGCCCUUCGCAGCUGAGGGGAAUACAUCCAUGUAUCUUGGCAAAAUCAUUGUUGGAGAGCGCGCCUCAGUUGGAAUUUCUUCCAUUGUGGCAGCUGGUACGGAAAUACCGCCCAACACUUGCAUUGGUCCCAACUCUUCGAGUUGGGAGUUGCAAGAUGCAGACGAAGCGAAUCGGGACCUGUCCCCCGGUGCAGCCGCCAAACCUCACUGGCUUCUGACACUGUUGUUUACCAUCCCUCUCCAGCUAACUGCUUGGUUUCUGUCUCUCAUGCCUUGGAUCGGCGGUCUCCUUGGCAUGGUCCUUGAGCAACCCAUGAUUUCUGGUACACCACUCCGAAACAUCCUGGACUGGUUCACAGAACCCAGGCGUGUCGCGUUUCAUUAUCUCGCUUUGAUUUUGAGGUGCCUGUUUAGCCCCUUCAUCCUAUUCGGGUUUGCAAUCAUCAUCAAACUGGUACUGGAUGCCGCAUUUGGCAGACUUAGUCCGAAAGGGCGAAGUACGUUUUCGACAUGGCGUGCCAAUUUGAUGAAAAGCCUGCUACCUGUGUCUCGAUUGCAUGAUAUGACGACAAUGUUUGGUCAACAUUAUGAAGCCACGUCCAUUGCGUUGCGUAUGCUUGGUAGCAAAGUUGGUAAACGGGUCUAUUGGCCGGGAACUGGACCCAGCAUUGGGGACUACCACCUCCUGACAGUAGGCAACGACGUGGUGUUUGGCUCGCGAGCACAUCUCAUAACAUCCGACGGCACGGGGUCAGAAACCAUUACGAUUCGAGACCGAGCCAUGAUUGCAGAUAGGGUGUGUCUCCUUCCCGGGGUAGAAAUUGGAGCGCGAACCACAAUGGGAUCUGGCGCCUUGACAAGCAGAAACAAAAAGUACGAAGACGGUGCUACCUUCGUGGGCUCCAAAGGACGUGAUGCCGUGUGCCUGUCAACCGGAGAUCGAGAAAAACGAGAGCCUCGGCAACGUAUCCGCUACAUGAGUAGCGAUGAUACGUUGACUGGCGACCGGCAUAUUUCUAAAAAGGCGAUACCACGGACGCGAAUCCAACAUAUGAGCAGCGACGACACUCUGGCGGAGUCGGGUCGGUCAGUCAAGUCCAAGAAACCCAAGUACAAAGAGAAGGCGGACCAUUUCCAGACUGAUAGUGACACUGACGACAACUGUGAUGAGCCAUCUACAUCAGAAACCAUCUCCCCAUUUGGAAAGGCGUUCUAUUUGAAGCUGGCGCCAUAUCACGUCUUGGGCCCCUUUGCCAUCUUCUGUUACUCUUCCUUUAUGACGGUGUUUACAGCCUUCUACUGGAAUGUCCCGAACAUUUCUUCCAUCCAGUUGGUGGACUUCCUCAUGAACAGGUUCAUUGCUCGCAAUAACAGCAUGCUUUACGAAGUCGGGGUAUUGUUUGGCUUGUGUACUUUAGUCUUUGCCAUCCUGACAUCACUCCAAGCUCUUUUGGCAUUGGGUAUUGUCAUCGCUUCAAAGUGGGCCUUAUUAGGCCGUCGACAACCCGGUAAUUAUGAUUGGGAUAAGUCGCCGUAUUGCCAGCGGUGGCAGCUCUUCCUAUGCAUUGAGAAGCUCCGCAGGCAAUGCUAUCGUGGAGAGGGUAUUCUUGGGCUCUUGACUGGCACCAAUUGGAUUGUGUUGUAUUUCCGAGCACUCGGUGCAAGAAUUGGGAAUGACUGCGCCCUGUUCGCCAACGGCCGCCCAAACUUGAUGUUCACUGAACCCGACCUGAUCACACUUGGCGACAGAGUCGUCGUCGAUGAUGCAAGCGUCGUUGCACAUAUAAACACCCGUGGGAAAUUUGACCUAAAUCGGCUUGAAAUUGGAAACCGUCGACGACCGACCGACCGACCGGCCUAUUCCCAAGAACACGUUCGAGCUGGCCACUAUCGCGGCAAGAUGGACGAAAAGAAGAACGAGGAUUAUGUUGUGAAGAUGCCUGAUGGAGGAUUUGAUGGCGAUGAGAAGGAUGCUUUCAUGGCCAAGACUGCACCUGCUAGGCGACCUCAUCAUGGGCAACAUGACCUCACUAAGUCGCUAUCAAAGUUGGACAGUAGCCCUCCGCUCUCUGUCGUGGCAUACUGCUUGUCGUCCAUCAGCAUGACUGUGGUGAAUAAGUAUGUGGUCUCAGGAACGUUUUGGAACUUGAACUUCUUCUACCUUGCCAUUCAGGCAGUUGUUUGCAUCGCCGCCAUUUCGGCAUGCAAAUCCCUUGGUCUCAUUCGAAAUCUCGCCCCGUUUGACUCGAACAAGGCCAGAAAGUGGUUCCCGAUCUCGCUCCUCCUCGUCGGCAUGAUCUAUACUAGCACAAAGGCAUUGCAAUUUCUUUCCGUUCCGGUGUACACGAUUUUCAAGAACCUGACAAUAAUUGUUAUUGCCUAUGGCGAGGUGCUAUGGUUUGGCGGCAAUGUAACGCCGCUUGCCCUACUGUCCUUUGGACUGAUGGUCCUCAGUUCCGUCGUUGCAGCCUGGGCAGAUAUCCAGAGUGCCAUCGCUGGCGACUUUGGGCACGCCGACUCUUCCGCAGCCAUGUCCACGCUGAAUGCUGGCUACGCAUGGAUGGGACUAAAUGUCUUUUGCACGGCGUCGUAUGUGCUAGGCAUGCGCAAAGUGAUCAAAAAAAUGAACUUCAAAGACUGGGACACCAUGUAUUACAACAACCUGUUGACGAUUCCUGUUCUCGUCGUCUGUUCCCUUCUGGUAGAGGACUGGUCUGGAACCAACUUUGCCAAGAACUUCCCCGAGGAUUCGCGUAACCGGAUAAUCGUCGGUAUGAUUUACUCUGGGCUAGCGGCGAUCUUCAUAUCAUACUGUUCUGCCUGGUGCAUCAGGGUCACAUCAUCUACUACGUACUCUAUGGUUGGUGCUCUCAACAAGCUGCCCAUUGCUAUCAGUGGGCUAGUGUUUUUCGCUGCCCCAGUUACGUUUGGCAGCGUAUCGGCCAUCUUUAUUGGAUUUGUGAGUGGUAUUGUCUACGCUUGGGCCAGAGUGCGACAGUCUAGUACGGCCAAAGACACUCUUCCGACCAGCCGGCCACCGAUGAGUGCAAGCUCCCAGAGCAACCGAGACGCCGCCAAUUCUUGA